UUCAUCCAAACCAUCCCCAGCACACACACACAUCCCACUCCUCCUUCCCUCCUCUUUCCCUUUUUCAACACAUGGGUGUACAUCUAUGAGUUUUUGGGGGGGAUAAAACCCCCAGGCUGGGAGAGCAGAGGGGUACUGCAGAGCAGGAUGGCGAAGGGGACGGCUGUGCUGCUUUUGCAUGGAUUUGUCCUGCUGGCUGUGUGUGGCCCCUCACUUCAAGGAGGAGUCUACAUACCAGCUGCAGGAGGAGGAGCUGGAGCUGGAUUAGGGGCUGGCAUUGGAGCUGGAGUUGGACUUGGUACUGGAACUGGUCUAGCAGGGGGUCUUGGAGCUGGACCUGGCAUAGGAGCAGGACUUGGCCCUGAAGGGAUAGGGACCGGAAUCCGUCCAGGGACUGGUCUGGGUGCUGGCCCUGGAGCAGGAGUACCAGGCAGCAUUCUUGGUUACAAGCCAGGGAAGGCACGAGGUCCUGGUGCAGUAGGAGCUGGAUUUGGAGGGCCAGGUGCUGGAACUGGAGCAUUUGGCCCAGGUCUUGGCCCAGGAGGAGUUGGCCCGGGUGGUUAUGGUGCAGGCCUCGGAGCAGGUCAACCAGCCACUGGAGGUGUUGGAACUGGUGGACUAGGCGUUGGGGGGUUGGGCACUGGAGGCCUUGGAGCAGGCCCUGGUGUAAAGCCUCCCAAAUCAGGAUAUGGUGGCCGUGUUGGGUUUGCACCUGGUGGUGUGGGUACCGGCAUCGGACCAGCAGGAGUUGGUCCAGGAGGCUUCGGACCUGGAGGAGUUGCUCCAGGAGGUUUCGGACCAGGAGGAGGAGUUGGUCCAGGAGGCAUUGGACCAGCAGGAGUUGGUCUAGGAGGCUUCGGACCAGGAGGAGUUGGUCCAGGAGGCAUUGGACCAGGAGGAGUUGGUCCAGGAGGCAUUGGACCUGGAGGAAUUGGUCCAGGAAGCAUUGCACCUGGAGGAAUUGGCACUGGAGGAGUUGGUCCCUCUGGAGCAGGAGCUGCUGUCAAGCCUCCGAAAAUAGGGCUGGGAUAUGGUGGUCAGGUUAUUGGCACUGGAGGACUUGGCACUGGUGCGCUAGGAGGCACUGGACUUAGACCAGGAGGAGUUGGGCCUGGAGGUGCAGGACUUGGUGGGCUUGGUGUUACCAGUCCAGGCGCUGGCACUGGUUUAGGGCCAGGAGGUCUUGGACAAGGAAUUAGGAAACCUGCAAAGACAGGAUAUGGAGGGAGGGGUGUGGGUCUAGGUCCUGUUGGUGGAGGGCCUGGCACUCUUGGAGCAGGGGGAGUAGGUCCUGGAAGUAUUGGUCCAGGAGGAGUGGUUCCUGGUGGUCUUGGCCCUGGAGGAGUGGGUCCUGGUGGUCUUGGUCCAGGAGGAGUAGGUCCUGGUGGUCUUGGUCCAGGAGGAGUAGUUCCUGGUGGUCUUGGUCUGGGAGGAGUUGGUCCUGGUGGUCUGAGUCCAGGAGGAGUCGGACCAGGUGGUUUUGGAAGAGGAGUUGGUGGGAAACCUCCAAAAGCAGGUUUGGGCCAGACUGGAGUUGGACCAGGCGGAAUUGGCACGGGAGUUAGACCAGGUGGACUUGUUCCAGGAGGAGUUGGUCCAGGUGGAGUUGUUCCAGGAGGAGUUGGUCCAGGUGGAGUUGUUCCAGGAGGAGUUGGUCCAGGUGGACUUGUUCCAGGAGGAGUUGGUCCAGGUGGCGUUGGUCCAGGAGGAGUUGGCAUAGGCUUUGGUCCUAGUGGAGUAGGAGCUGGUGGUUAUGGAGGAUAUGGCAGUGUUGGUGGCCCUGUAGGCCUGUACCCUGGAGCUGGCCAAAAACCACCAAAAACAGGUGUCCGUGCUGGAGGUACUGGAGUUAGCCCUGGCAGAGUCGGAGUUGGCCCUAGUGGUGUUGGAAUUGGCCCUUCUGGAGCAGGAGUUGGCCCAAGUGGUGCAGGAAUUGGCCCUGGUGGUGUAGGAGUUGGCCCUGGUGGAGCAGGAGUCGGCCCUGGUGGAGUGGGAGUUGGCCCUGGUGGAGUGGGAGUCAGCCCUGGUGGAGUGGGAGUUGGCCCUGGUGGAGUGGGAGUCAGCCCUGGUGGAGUGGGAGUCGGCCCUGGCGGAGCGGGAUUUGGCCCUGGUGGAGCGGGAGUCGGCCCUGGUGGAGCGGGAGUUGGUCCAGCUGGAGCACCAGUUCUGCCACAGACUGGACCGCAAGGUACUGGACGUAAAAUUGGCAAGCCUGGGAAAGCACCAGUGCCAGGAAUUGGUGUUCCUGGGUUGUACCAGGGUGGUAUUGUCCCUGGGCAAGGUUUUGGUGGUCAAGGAGUUCUGCCAGGCGUAGCUACAGGAUCUCAGACUUCUCAGCUUGGUCAAGGUGCACUUGGAGCUAACGGUGGUCGCGGGAGUUUUGCAGGUCAACAGCUUCCGGGAGUGUUCCGUGGAUACCCACUCAUUUCUCCAAAGUCUGGAGGAGUUGGCUCAGCUAAAUCUCAGGCUAAAGCAGCUAAAUAUGCAGCAGGCGGGAGAGUACCUGGUCUCGGAGGUGCACUUGGUGUCGGAGGUGUACCUGGAGUUGGUGCUAUACCUGGAGCAGGUGGUAUCCCUGGUGCUGUACCUGGAGCAGGUGGUAUCCCUGGUGCUGUACCUGGAGCAGGUGGUAUCCUUGGUGCUAUACCUGGAGCAGGUGGUAUCCCUGGUGCUGUUCCUGGAGCAGGUGGCAUCCCUGGUGCUGUUCCUGGAGCAGGUGGUAUCCCUGGUGCUGUUCCUGGAGCAGGUGGUAUCCCUGGUGCUGUCCCUGGAGCUGGUGGUAUCCCUGGUGCUGUACCUGGAGCAGGUGGUAUCCCUGGUGCUGUUCCUGGGGCAGGUGGUAUCCCUGGUGCUGUUCCUGGAGCAGGAGGUAUCCCUGGUGCUGUUCCUGGAGCUGGUGGUAUCCCUGGUGUUGGUGCUGUACCUGGAGCAGGUGGAAUUCCUGGAAUUGGAGGCAUACCUAGUGCUGGGGGUGUACCGGGAGGUAGUGGUGUCUAUCCUGGAGGAAUAGGAGCCAAAGCACGGAAGUAUGCCUCAGGCAUUGGAACAGGUGGACUCCCUGGCUCUGGUAUUGGAACAGGUGGUGUUCCUGGGUCUGGACUUGGAGUUGGUGGAAUUCCUGGGUCUGGACUUGGAGUUGGUGGACUUGGAGCUGGUGGAGUUCCUGGGUCUGGACUUGGAGUUGGUGGACUUGGAGCUGGUGGAGUUCCUGGGUCUGGACUUGGAGUUGGUGGACUUGGAGCUGGUGGAGUUCCUGGGUCUGGACUUGGAGUUGGUGGGCUUGGAGCUGGUGGAGUUCCUGGGUUUGGACUUGGAGUUGGUGGUCUUGGAGCUGGUGGAGUUCCUGGAUUUGGACUUGGAGCUGGUGGACUUGGCGUUGGGCCUGGAGGAUAUGCUGGAGCCAAAGCCCGAAAAUAUGGUCUACUAGGAGGUGGCACACUUGGUGUAGGAGGUGUACCUGGAGUUGGUGCUAUACCUGGAGCAGGUGGCAUUCCUGGUGCUGUUCCUGGAGCAGGUGGUAUCCCUGGUGCUUUUCCUGGAGCAGGUGGUAUCCCAGGUGCUGUUCCUGGAGCUGGUGGUAUCCCUGGUGCUGUUCCUGGAGCAGGUGGUAUCCCUGGUACUGUUCCUGGAGCAGGUGGUAUCCCUGGUGCUGUUCCUGGAGUUGGUGGUAUCCCUAGUGUUGGUGCUGUACCUGGAGCAGGUGGAAUUCCUGGAAUUGGAGGCAUACCUAGUGCUGCAGGUGUACCAGGAGGUAGUGGUGUCUAUCCUGGAGGAAUAGGAGCCAAAGCACGGAAGUAUGGCAUUGGAACAGGUGGACUCCUUGGCUCUGGUAUUGGAACAGGUAGAGUUCCUGGACUUGCAGCUGGUGGAGUUCCUGGGUCUGGACUUGGAGUUGGUGGUCUUGGAACUGGUGGAGUUCCUGGGUCUGGACUUGGAGUUGGUGGGCUUGGAGCUGGUGGAGUUCCUGGGUCUGGUCUUGGAGUUGGUGGUCUUGGAGCUGGUGGAGUUCCUGGGUCUGGACUUGGAGUUGGUGGUCUUGGAGCUGGCGGAGUUCCUGGGUCUGGAAUUGGAGCUGGUGGGCUUGGAGCUGGUACAUUUCCUGGGUCUGGACUAGGAGCUGGUGGACUUGGCGUUGGACCUGGAGGAUAUGCUGGAGCCAAAGCUCGAAAAUAUGCUCAGCUUGGAAGUGCUGGUGGAGCUUUAGGUGCUGGAGCAUUGCCAGGAGGAGUGCCUCAUGGUGGGCUUGGGACCACUGAUGUAGCAGGCAGAGGAUUUGGAGGUGGUAUAUAUCCUGGUGGAGUUGGAAGAAUUGGUGGUCUGCCUGGUGGAGGUGUAGGAACUGGUCUUGGAACCGGAGGACUACCUGGUGCUGGAACUGGAGUAUAUGGAUCUGAAGCAAAGGCUCGUAAAUAUGGUCUACUAGGAGGUGCUGGUGGGGUACCAGGUCUAGGAGGAGUUCCAGGCAGGUUGCCUGGUUCAGGUGUUGUACCAGGUGGGACAGGAGCUGGACUUGGUGCAAUAGGAAGUCUACCUGGAAGUGGAGUGGCACCAGGAGGGGCAGCUGGUGGUGUACCAGGCAGUGUGCCUGGUGGUGGCUUUGGACCCGGAGGUCUACCUGGAAGUGGCGUUGUGCCUGGAGGUUACAGACCAGGCUCAAAAGCUGCUAAAUAUGGUUUACCUGGAAGAGGGGGGCUAUUAGGAGCUGGAGGAGUACCUAGCACUGGAACUGGAGGAGUCGUAAGCACUGGUCCCGGUGGAGUUUUACCUGGAGGCUUUGCAGGUGGUCUUGGUGCUGGAUCUGCUGGCCUUGGUGCAGUACCUGGCAGUGUGCCAGGUACAGGUUUUGGGGGCUAUGGAGGAUAUGGAGUUGGGGCAAAACCACCAAAGUAUGGUCAACCAGGAGGAGGCUUCGGAAGUGUGUUAGGAGGAGCAGGAUCGGUGCCUGGUGUUGCUGGAGUUGGUACCACAGGAGGAGGAACUGGAAUUACAACUGGCACAGGUAUUGCAGGUGGACCAGGAGGUGUAGCAGUCACAGGAAGCAAGGCAGAUAAAUAUAGAGUGCCAGGCGUUACUGGAGGAACACUAGGAGGAGCAGUCAUUCCUGGCAGCACACCAGCCACAUCCACAGAUCAGGGAACCAAAACAGGAGUUGAUGGAGUUGUUGUGCCUGGUGCAACAGCUGGGACAGUUAAUGUUACUGGUGAUGAACCAGGCAGUACUAAAGCUCCGAAGUUGGGAGAAACAGGUGGAACAUUAGAAGGAUCUGGAAGCUCCAUUGGAGGUGGCCCAAGUGAAGGUGUUACUGGUGGACCUGUUGAAGGAGAUGGAUUUGAUGGGGUUGCUGGGACAGGAAUACCCAUCUUAGCUGGAGCAAAGCCAGGUGGAACAGGAGAGCCAAUACUAGAAACUGGACCAAGUGUUGGUGGAGUUGGUGAAGGUCUACCAGGAGCCAAACCCCUAAAGCCUCCAGGUGCUGGAGGUGGUGUAAUAGCUGGACGUGGGGACACUCCAAGCACUAUUGGUGGAGGUCCACGUGGAACUGGUGUUGGGCCAGGUGGUGUUGGUGGAGGGCCUAGUGGAACUGGUACUGGACCUGGAGGAGUUGAAGGUGGACCCGGUGGAGUUGGAGGAGGACCAGGUGGAGUUGGAGGUGGGCCAGGUGGAGUUGGAGCUGGACCAGGUGGAGUUGAAGGCGGACCAGGUGGAGUUGGAGGUGGACCAGGUGGGGUUGGAGGAGGACCAGGUGGGGUUGGAGGUGGACCAGGUGGAGUUGGAGCUGGAACAGUUAAACCACCCAAAGGUUAUGGUAGUCCAGGUGGAGGAGGACUCCUUGGUGUCGGAGGCAUUGGUGGCACUGGAGGCCCAGGUGGAGUUGGAGGACCUGGAUUGACAGCGGGAUCUGGCUUUUUGCCUGGAAGCAGCAGUCUCCUUCCAGGAGGUGCAGGAACAGGAACUGGAGCACAGAAACUUGCUAAAAGUUAUGGAGGAACUGGAAGUUUAGGUGCCAGCGGGAUCUUGCCAAUAAAUGGUCUAAGGUUUCCAAGUGGAGCUGCUGUGGGCAGCAAACAAGGAAAAGCUUAUGGAGCACUAGGCAGACCUGGAGGGGCUGGUGCUGGGGGGCUCGGUGGUGCUGGAGGCCCAGGCAGUUCUGCAGGUGGACCAGGUGGCUAUGGAACAGGACCUGGUGGUUAUGGAACAGGACCUGGUGGUUAUGGAAUAGGACCUGGUGGUUAUGGAACAGGACCGGGUGGCUAUGGGACAGGCCCUGGUGGACUAGGUGGGCCUGGUGGAACUGGCGGUCUUGGAUAUGGUCCUGGAACUGGGAAGCCACCUAAAAGCUAUGGGGUAGCUGGAGCUGGUGGAGUCGGUGGAGUAGGAGGCCUAGGAGGAGUAGGAGGAGGGCCUGGGGGUGUUGGUGGUGGUGCAGGAGGAAUUGGUGGAGGUCAAGCAGGCAUUGGUGGAGGACCUGGUGGAGUUGGAGGAGGACUGGGUGGUCUUGGCGGAGGUUUGGGUUACCCAGGGGGAGCAGGACUCAGAGUAGGAGCUGGAAAACCUGGGAAAUCAGGAUAUGGUGGUUUCGGUGGAGCAGGGGGCAUUGGAGUUGGUGCUGGAGGUGCAGGUGGGAUUGUGGGCGGAGGUCCUGGAGGUGUACGUGGAAGCCCAGCUGGAGUUGGUGGAGGCCUCGGGUACCCAGGUGCUGCAGGUAUUGGAGCUGGGAAGCCUGGAAAAUCAGGGUAUGGCACAGGUGCUUUGGUGGUCAAGGUUACCAGCCAGGAGGUGGACUGCCUGGCUAUGGUGGGGGUGGUCCUGGUGGUUAUCAGCAGCCAUUCCCAGGCUAUGGUGGAGCUGGACCAGGAGGAGCUGGAAGUGCACCACUUACACCUCAACAAUCCAAAGCAGCCAAAUAUGCAGCUCUCCAAGGCCUUCUAGGGGGGUACCGAGGGGGUACUGGGUGCCAAGGCAAAUAUUGCGGGAGGAGGAGAAAGUGAGAGCCGAGAAGAAGAGAUGUGACCUCAUAAACCAGUGGUGCUACUGCCUGAAUCUCGAAUGCACUUUUG